GUGAGUGAGAAGGAUGAAAUGGUGAAGUAUUAACGAUGAGGUCUCUCUAUGUUUGUCUUUCUGCAGUCCUUCUGUCAGUCUCAGUACGGGGUCACACGGAUUCUGCUAAUGGUUGGUCAAUGACAAUCGCGGAUGGAGUGAGGGCUGAGGAAGGAGGCUCCGCUGUCUUACCCUGCAGCUUCACCCACCCUGACGCUCACCUCACACUUACCGGCUCCAUCUUAUGGCACAAGGCGGAAACACAGGCUUUAAUCUUUAAGUGUACAUAUCCUGGUCCAGACCAUUCCCAGGGUGAGCUGUGUGAGAAUGUGAGACAGCGGGAUGGUAGGAAUCGAUUCAGAUUCGUGGGGAACCUCAGCAACAAAGAUGCCUCAAUAAUGAUGGAGGGACUGAACCAGGAGGAUGCUGGUUCCUAUCGGUGUCGUGUGGAGCUCAAUAUUAACAAUUUUGGAUCUGGAAAAGGAACACGCCUGGAAGUGGAAGCUUCUCAGGAAAAUGUCUCAGUGGUGAGUGGGACAGAGGGAGAUUCAGUCACUUUACCCUGUAUCUUCAGGCGCUGGGACUCCCACGUACUGACCAAUGUUACCUGGAUGAGGAAGGAGCCUUACCAACACAUCGUUACAUUUACAGCCCAAUCACAGGGAAAUUGGACAACUGGACACGGUGGAAAUCGGUACGAGCUCAUCGGGAACCCAGAGGAGGGAAACGCCUCGACCAGGAUAAACCAGCUGAGAGUGAGGGACAAUCACACUUACCUUUGUCUGGUGGAAUACAGAUCAAGACGCAAUCUUUUGUAUCUGAUCCAGAAAGAGACUCGGCUGCAGGUACAUGCUUUGUCUGCUUAUGGUUGGUCAAUGACAAUCGCGGAUGGAGUGAGGGCUGAGGAAGGAGGCUCCGCUGUCUUACCCUGCAGCUUCACCCACCCUGACACUAACCUCACAAUCACCGGCUCCAUCUUAUGGUACAAGGAGGAAACACGGGCUUUUAUCUUGAACUGUACAUAUCCUGGUCCAGACCAUUCCCAGGGUGAGCUGUGUGAGAAUGUGAUACAGCGGGAUGGUGGGAAUCGAUUCAGAUUUGUGGGGAACCUCACCAAAAAAGAUGCCUCAGUUAUGAUGGAGGGACUGAGCCGGGAGGAUGCUGGUUCCUAUUGGUGUCGUGUGGAGCUCAAUAUCGGAAAAUUUGGAUCUGGAAAAGGAACAAGCCUGGAAGUGAAAGCUGCUCAGGGAAAUGUCUCAGUGGUGAGUGGGACAGAGGGAGAUUCAGUUACUUUACCCUGUAUCUUCAGGAGCUGGGACUACCUUCCCCUGACCACUGUUACCUGGAUGAGGAAGGAGCCCUACCAACACAUCGUUACACUUACAGCCCAAUCACAGGGAAAUUGGACAACUGGACACAGUGGAAAUCGGUACGAGCUCAUCGGGAACCCAGAGGAGGGAAACGCCUCGACCAGGAUAAACCAGCUGAGUGUGAGGGACAAUCACACUUACCUGUGUCUGGUGGAAUACAGGUCAAAACACAAUCUUUUGUAUCUGAUCCAGAAAGAGACUCGGCUGCAGGUACAUGUGAAGACUCAGCUUGCUCAGUAUGUCUCAGUAUAUUCGCUGGUCAUUCCACUGCUCAUCCUCCUCCUGCUCCUCCUCAUCAUCAUUGUCAUCAUCUUCAUCACCUUCAGGAAGAAAGGAGGGGGUUCACAGCAAAUGGAUCUGACCACAGCUUUGGAAAGGAAUGAUCCAGGUUCAUCCAGCAUUCCCAGGACUGAUCAGGCCCAGCAGCUCACUGUUCCAGAUCAGGACAGUUCCAUCCUCUAUGCCGAGAUUGACAGCAACAGAACAGGUGGCCAGAGAUUCACAAACAGUCUGUCAGAAGACCCUCAGCCUGACUCCUGUCCCUAUGCCAGCAUCGUGUUUGACAGCAACAGAAAAGGUGACAAGACUCUCCGGGUUGCUGAUUCAGAAGAGAGUGAGUCAGCGGAUGUAACCUAUGCAGCUGUGGUGAAGACUCAUUAGGAGCGAAUAAGAACUGAGGUUGCAUUGUUUCUCAGAUCAAAUUCAAGGAACGUCAUGGAACUUACCGGCUCAAAACUUGGCAUUAUUGUUCUUCAAAAUUGUUUUUUAAAUUUUUUAAAAAUUUGUGCCUUUUUAUCUUAGUGUAUUUUUAAUUGUGGACUGAAACGCAUCAGAAUUGUUGAAAACCAAAGAUUGUUUAAGGGAUACUGCACACUUUUGAAAGCAAGUAACCUGACACUCAUUGUAAGUGUUGUUUACACAGCUGCUGGGUCAGACAGCAGCAGAAGAAGGUGCAGACGAACUGGAGACAUGCCCAUGUACAACUGGCGAUUCAGCCAGAAGCAAGUAUCUGAUUGGUCUUUGUACUAAAGAUCAGUAAUCAAUGACAAAAACCGUUUUGCUGCCAAUGACUAUGUGAUUGGUUCCCAGGUAAUUGAACAGUUUGUGGAUAUGAACAUGACAGGGAGAAGCCAUCCGAUCUCCACCAUCUGAGGAACUGUUCAUCAUCAGAUCUGUUCCCAGCAGGAAAAGCUACUUUAAAUCUGAGGAUAACCAACUAAUUGUCUAUUCCUUCAGCAGUUGCAGUAAGUUCUGACCUUUAAUGAGUAAGUCAGACCUUUUAUAAACCACACACUCUAUCUCUAGUAAACAAGUGACAGCAUCUGGAGAAGCAGCAUUCUGAUCAGCACAAGAAUCAUCUCAGCAGAUCCCGCGAACAGGGAUUGACGAAACUGUUUUCUGUGAUUGAUGUUUAUUUUCUGUGUGGGUGUGUCUGUGUGUGUGUCUGUGUGUGCAUGCGCAUGUCUGUGUGUGUGUCUGUGUGUGUGUGUGUGUCUGUGUGUGUGUGUGCAUACAAUAUGUGCUUGCUUUUAAGGGGACUUGAUUCAUGAGCAUCUUAGAGUUUUAACUAAUGUUGUUAUAGCUCAAUGGUCCAUCAUUUUUGUGUGGAAUUAGAGUCUAUUUAUGUGUGAUAAAUAGUAAUCCUUGU